AUGGAACCCAAUCUAGACCUUAUUAUACUUGCUCUUCUCCACAGCUUGUUCAUCGCCGGCUUUCUUCUUCUUGUUACCUCUGUCAUGUUGACGGCUUUCUUGCUUGCAUUCUCCCUCGGUCUCCAUAAUCUUGAACUGGGUUUUGUUCUAAUUGUCUGCAAACUAUUGCAUCAUGCCGUUCGCAUCAUCUUGGCUUCAAAGCCUUUCCUUGAACGUAAGAUUUCUCAGCUCAAAGCAAAAGCGAGACAUGUGAUGAAUCUUAUUGAUGGCCUGAGACUUUCUUAA